AUGCCGAACGCCGGAGGCCUUACCGACAGAGAGGCUGCAAUCGAUGCGAUAAUCCGAUUCGUUGUUUCUCUUGACGACGGCGAUCCAGAGCUUUGCGCUUCAUCUUUGACCGAGGAGGCAAUUAUGGAUCUCACUCCUUUCAAUAAAGCUGGCUUAAACUAUGAGCCAGUGAUCGGCAGAACGGCUGUAGUUGAACGACUGAUGGCGGCAGUUGGGAAAGCGUUGGACACUACUCAUAGCGCCACCAAUGUUCGUUGCACAGUCAACGGAGACAAAGCAGACCUGUCAUGCUGUGUUCUUGCACAGCACUUUAGACUCGGGCAAGGCCCAAGUCCCCAAUUUCAAGACUAUUACUUUUUCGGAAAUCAGUAUGAAGCUAGCAUAGUCCGCGAGGGAGACUUGUGGAAGGUCAACAAGCUUGUAAUCACACCUGCUUGGACUCAAGGGAACCCGGACGUCAUGAAAGUACAGUCAAGGAGUCGUUGA